CACCAGCCGGUGUUGGCUAUCUCUACAAAUUACAUUAACAUUCCUCUCACGCUUUCCGCUUCCCAGCUUCUCCAAUUCAGUCACUGAGCGAUAAUGGCUGAACCUGAGGAUGUUGAGGAAGACCUCUUCGCCGAUUUGUACGAUGCCGACGACACUACGGCUCAGUCGACGUCUGUUGUAGAGCCUCCACAGGUUUCAGACCCCAUCACCUCCGCUCCACCUGUUCCCGCGACUGAACCUCAUACGCAAUAUGCGGAUCAGCACCAUGGUGAUGCCGAAGUGGGCGGAUCCUAUCAAUAUUCCCACCAGUCUGGCAAUCAUGUGGGAGGAGAAAAUGGCGGCGCUGGCUUUCCGAAUCUUUCGGCAACUCCAGUGGGCGACUCCGAGCCUCAAGGGACCGGAAUCAAAGAAGACGGGUGAGUACAAUUUUCAGUCGAAGAUCCCUACAUCGUGUUUUAUUCGUAUCAUGCACUCUUCAUUGCGCCUGUGACUUGGGUGAUCACAGUCUCAAAAAUGCUUCU